AUCGUUGAUUCGCUUUUCGCUUGAGUGUUUGACGUUUUAUGAAAUUUGUACAGUUGUAACUUUUAACUCGACAGUUGCUUGUUGUCGGUGACUCGGCGUAUCGUGUACGUUGUAUAAACACCAAAAACCCGACACUGUGUUGAUCUCAUUCGUAAAAAGAUUGUGAAAUUUGCUUAGUUUUAAAAUUUAUUUUAUUAUUCUUCUUAUUUUUUCGUUUAAAUAAUUUUUUAUUUUCACUUAACGUAAUACUGUGUUGUAUAAUGGCGGUGACCAAGGGAAAAACGAACAAAAAAAUUAAUCCGGUAGUAAAUGCAUAUUUGUUUGCAUACAAUUUCAUCCAAGUCUUAGGAUGGAGUUAUUUGUUAUUUCAAAUCGUUAAUUUCUAUAUGAACCCACCCAAAUCUCAAUCAUUGUGGGACGUCGUAAAGUAUACAGUUGGAAUUUUCCAAAACGCAGCGUUUAUUGAGAUUUUCAAUGUAGCUUCUGGUUUGGUGAAAUCAAAUUUGGCAGUUACUACUCAACAAGUUCUGUCUCGUGUAGCCAUUGUUGCUGCUAUAGCAUUUAUACCAGAGACAUCGGGCUCGCCUGGUUUACCAUUAGCCUUAACUGCUUGGUGCUUUGCAGAAAUUACCAGAUACUCAUACUAUGGUUUCAAUAUUAUUGGUUAUAUCCCUUAUCUAAUUACUUGGGCAAGGUAUACGUUCUUUUAUGUUUUAUACCCAGUUGGAGUUAGUGGUGAAUUAUUAGUAUACUGGACAUCAUUAGGAUAUGUAGGAAGAACCAAAAUGUGGAGUAUUGAAAUGCCUAAUAAAUUAAAUAUUGCAUUUAGUUUAUGGACUGCAAUUGCCAUAGUUAUGCUGGUUUAUAUACCAUUAUUCCCUCAAAUGUAUAUGCAUAUGGUAUACCAAAGGAAGAAAACACUUGGAAGCCCAGAAACCAAAAAAGUACAAAAAAAAGUUCAAUGAUUAAUUUAUUUGUAUAAUAUACAACUGGGUCUAGGGUCUUGUUAUUUUUUGUAAAUUUUUGCCGCGUCUUUGCCAAUUUUUUUAUAGACUGUUUUAUAUAUAAAAUAUCAAUUAAUUAUUAUAAAUAAUAAAGCAUUAUUUAUUGUUUAAGUGA